AUGUGUAUUGACUACCGCCAGUUGAACAAGGUUACAGUGAAGAACCGUUAUCCUUUGCCUCGUAUAGAUGAUCUGUUUGACCAGCUUCAGGGCGCACAUGUGUUUUCCAAGAUUGACUUGCGCUCAGGUUACCAUCAGUUGAAGAUUCGGGAGCCAGAUAUCCCGAAGACUGCCUUCAGGACUCGAUAUGGCCAUUACGAGUUCCUUGUUAUGUCAUUUGGGCUGACCAAUGCCCCUGCAGCUUUCAUGCAUUUGAUGCACAGUGUGUUCAGGCCGUAUCUUGACUCAUUCGUGAUUGUUUUUAUUGAUGAUAUUCUGGUGUAUUCCCGGAGUCGGGAAGAUCAUGAGCAGCACCUGAGGACCGUGCUACAGACCUUGAGGGAGAAGAAGUUAUAUGCAAUGUUCUCAAAAUGUAGUUUGCAGCACUGUGCUCAGCAAAAGGAUCUUAAUAUGCGUCAGAGUGAGGUGGCUUAG